GCCCGAGCCCUCCUCCUCCCUCCCACCCACCCAGCGGCGUGUUUGCGCCUGAUACUCAAGCUCCUCAGCCGGGCACCCUAAAUAGCCGCUGGCCCGGCAGGCGCCACCAGGGAAAGCGCGGCGGCACCAGCCUGGGAGCAGGUGUCAUCACUGAGCAAUGCCCUCCAGUCUCUGGAAGCAGGCCCCUCCCUGUCUCUGGAUGUCAAGGAAUCAGUUUUGGAAGCCGAGAUUGUAGGAAUGGAAGCCAAAGACCUGGCUGCAGGUGGCAAAGGUACAGAGUUGGAAGUGAUGUCCACUAGCCGGAACAUAAACCGGGAUACUGAAGCCGUUGUGCGGGAUGCAAAGGAUGCACAUUGGGAUGGCAAGGUGACAACGGCCACUGCAACAGAAUUGGGCUUUAAGUCUGCAAAUUCUGAGGUCAAAGAGUAUGAUGGAACUAAGAAUGCUGCUGGUUCAGAGGUCACAGCUACAGAUCACAGGCAAGCAAGGCCACUGGUCAAGGAUAUGAUGCCCAGUCCUAGGAAGGAGGGCCAGAAUACCCAGACAACCACAUUGGAUGCUAAAGAUGGCGAUCGGCAUAGCAAAAUGGAAACUCUUGAUGCCAAGGUGGAGGGCACCAAACUAGAACAGGGCAACAAGGAAGGCAAUGAAGACAUCAUUUCUCUUGACUGUGAGAUUCUUGGGUUUGGCCCUGAUAUUGAUUUCCUGGGCCCAGAUGCCGAAAUCUACAUGCAUUUCAUGCGGAGCCACCACUGUUACGAUGCUAUUCCUACCAGUUCCAAGCUGGUAGUGUUUGAAACCACCUUACAGAUUAAGAAAGCCUUCCUUGCCAUGGUGGCCAAUGGGGUCCGAGCGGCUCCUCUCUGGGACAGCAAGAAGCAGUGCUUUGUGGGUAUGCUGACGAUAACAGACUUCAUUAAUAUCCUGCAUCGCUACUAUCGAUCACCUCUGGUUCAGAUAUACGAGGUUGAGGAACACAAAAUUGAAACGUGGAGAGAGGUGUAUCUUCAAGGAUCCUUCAAACCCUUGGUCUGCAUCUCACCAAAUGAUAGCCUCUUUGAUGCUGUCUAUUCUUUGAUAAAGAACAAGAUCCAUCGGCUGCCUGUUAUUGAGCCCUUCUCGGGGAAUGUCCUCUACAUCCUGACACACAAACGUAUCCUCAAAUUUCUGCAUAUUUUUGGAGCCUUAAUUCCGAAACCAAGGUUCCUGCAGAAGACCAUCCAGGAGCUGGGCAUCGGCACCUUCCGUGAUGUGGCCAUGGUGCUGGAGUCGGCUCCUGUCUACACUGCCCUGGAGAUCUUUGUAGACCGCAGGGUCUCAGCAUUGCCUGUCAUUAAUGAAGCAGGGAGCGUAGUUGGCCUGUACUCCCGCUUUGACGUGAUUCACUUGGCUGCCCAGAAGUCCUACAACAACCUAGACAUUAGUGUGGGAGAAGCCCUGAAGCAGCGCUCACUCUGCCUUGAGGGGGUACUCACAUGCCACCCUCAUGAGACAAUGGAAGAUAUCAUCGAUCGCAUCGUCAAAGAGCAGGUUCAUCGCCUGGUUCUAGUGGAUGAGAAGAACACCCCACGGGGGAUCGUGUCCCUCUCCGACAUUCUCCAGGCCCUGGUGCUCACGCCUGCAGGUAUCGAUGCCCUAAACUCUUAAGCUGCUCGACGCUCCAUCCUUCCUUCACUUGUACCCUCCAUUUCCUCCGCUUCACUCCGGCUCAGGCAUUGACCGCCAUUCCCUCUGAGGCAGAUACGGAAGACUACUUGCUGUCUAACACUCUGGGGUACUACCACUGCAGCCAUGACAAGUAGGAAUAAGGGACCUCCAGCUUCUGCAAUGGAAGACAUGUCCUCCUACCAGGCCAGGAUGGUGCCGUACACCUGCUUUGCCUUUGGCCUUCCCCCGAUUCAAAAAGGGGAAGGAAAUGCUGAGGAAGGAUGUGGACUUCCUAACUAUAAACAGUGUUCAGGUCCUUAAUCUUCCACAAUGUUGUUCAAGCAGCCUUUCUACAGCUGGUGAGAAAAGCAGGCCCUUGUUGAACACUGCAGCAGCUGCUCAUCUCCUCCCCCAAGCUCUACAAACAGUGUGUGCAUGCAGGAAUCCAAGAUGCCGCAAGGCAGCCAAAAGCAUUUCCUGUGCCAGCUUGCUAAUACUUAAUGGACACUCAAAGGCACUUUAAACUCACAAAGGGAAAGUAGAAAAGGAGGCAGAAGCUGCACACUAGAAGUGUAUUCAUUGUAAAUUGAAACUGCUUGAACAGAUUGCCCUAUUAGGUCAGGCUGCACUGUAGAAAGAGGCAGAUUCUCCUACUGCUUCUAUGUUACAGCUGGACACUUGUUCCAACUACUGCAUUACUUUAUACUAUACUUGAGCUAGCAACAUGCUGGGAGGUUGCCCUGGGCUGAGCCAUGUAAGAUAAUUCUAGCCCUAGCUGAGAGCUAGAGGGCAUGAACUUCAUAAAACGUACUCCUUCAAGCAAUCAGUUUUUCCACUUGUAUCUGAAUUCAAAAUAUUUCAGGCUUUGUUUCCCCUCAUGUGUGACAGGAAGAGAAUGCCUGGCUCAUAUUCCUAUGUUUCAGUGGCUGAUCUGGCUCAAGAGGAAAGGGCAGAGCCAAGAAGCCAGUGAAGGCUUUACUCCUGUGCUCCUGUUGCAAACCAGUGACAGAUCUGAUCCCAUGCUGCUAAAGGCAGACACAAACCUCCAGCAGACUUCAUGAAAGAGUCACAAUCAAUGCUCCCUCUAAGCUGUGGAGUCUUGUGAGCAAAAAUUCUGCUUUGUGAAC